GUUGACGAGACAGCAAGGCUAGUUUGAAUUGCGAGGACGUUGUCGUGAUGAGACGAUAAGAUAUGCUGUUGUCCACUCUCUCUGGUUGACCUAAGGAAGGUUCACAGACUUUCGACUUGCUUAGAAAAUAUGAACGGAGAUGAAACCAAGACAGCGAAGUCAUCGGCCACGCUAUCCGACAUUGAAUAUUCGAAAAUUUUGGAAUCGUAUCGUCAGAAAUGGAUGAAAAGCCUUGGCAUCCAGAAUAAGCUGGGUGUUCCAUGCCAGAAGAUAUCGUACCAGAAGAACGAGCAGAUCCAUUCAACGUGUCUCAAAUUUCUUGACCGGUAUUCUUCUGCACUGCGAAAUAAUGACCUGGAAGCUGUGCUAACAUUGUUUUGUGAGCGUGAAGAAUGUAACUUCGAUGAGAGCUAUGCGAGCAUUUUAGAAAUGUUGGUUCCAUUACGGUGCAAUCUGGAUGAACUCUACAGUAUAUUUUAUGCGAUAACUACGAAAUUUGUGCCAAGAGACAUAUCGAAAGGUGCCGUAUGCUAUCAGCUUAUGCAUUUGAUUGUGCAGUAUCAUGAUCCACUGCUCAGCUCACAUCUGGAGUCUCAUAAAGUUACUUCUUUUGAAUAUGGACGCCCAUUUUUCGCUGCACUAUUUGCCCCUGAAAUUUGCAAGCAGUCAUUAUAUGUGGUGUGGGACAAAUUGUUCGAGAGAGGUGAUCCGUAUUUGUUGUUUACAAUGGUUUUGGUCUUCCUAAUCAAUUGCUCCGACCAGCUUAUGGCGUUGAACACCAAAAGUGAACUGGUUGAUACGAUUCGAUUUGCUGUAAAGGAGCUUUCGGUAGAUGAUGUGGACGAUUUUUUUGAGCUGUCAGUUUUGUUUCUAAGUCAGACGCCAUCAUCUAUUAAACAAGAUUUCCAACGCGCUUUGUUUGGCUCUCGACAUGCAGAAGAAAUGCAAGCUGAUAUUGCGAAAUUGCUUGCAUUGCCAGUCGAUCCCCGUGAUGUUAUCCGAAUGGGUUUGGACGUAAACCUUAAUGCAGCUUUUUCAACAAAGGAUUCAGAACCGAAUUUUUUUAUUAUUGAUGCUCGAUCUCAUGAUCAGUAUUCAGCUGGCCAUUUGGAUGGCUCAUACAAUUUAGAUUCUACCUUGUUUGUCGAAGCACCACUUCAGUACAAAUUGGCUUUGAGCAGUCUAGACGCUUAUCGAUUUGCUUUUCAUUCCGAUGAACAUAUCCUUUUCCUUGGUUCUGGACGUGAAGAUGAUCUUUAUUUGCAUAUGGUUAUUGCAAGUUUUUUACAACAAGGACGGAAGCACAUUGCUUUGGUAGACGGAGGUUAUAGAGCUCUUCACGAACAACUUGCACCAAAUUUUGAACGUUUGGAUGGACAUUACGCAUCUCUUUGCAAGGAGUGUAAUAGACAACCAUCACACGCGGUCGAAAAGGAACCUCAGAGAAAAUCAUUUUGGAAGCUUGAUGUUGGUGGCAUUCUUGGUGCAGUCAGGGCAACAGCUCCUUCGAUUAAAGAAAAAGUACGGAAAUUCCCUAUAAUUGUGCCACUUGGUCCAAAUACUGUUGAAUUUAGUCAUGUUGAGACAAGUCAGCGGCAUGGUAAAAGAUAUCGUAAUGAAAAAUCCCUCUUCACUCUUAAUGAUUCUGAUUCCGAAACAGAAGCUAUCGCUGUUACAUCCAGUCCGAGAUUCUCCGAAUCAAAAAAGUUGGACGAUAUCUUGAAACAAAAUAGUGUGCUGGAAUAUUUUGAGGGGUUGGAAGUUUUUACGGAAGGUGCAAGUCAUCUUACUGUGGAAUGCUAUCUAGCCUUAACAGCGACACAUAUUCUCAUUUUUCAUCAAGAAGAAAAGAUUGGGGAAGUCAUUUUACGAGCACGUCAUGCAUAUGGAUCAGUACUGCGUGUUUCAAGCAGAAGAAAAAUCCCUGAGCUGCUAACGUUCAAGUUCGGUUAUUGUACCAAUGAGGAUGAUUAUAAGGUUACCGCAGUUCAUCGUUUCAUAAUGCCUAGAGCUGGUGACUGCGCAAAAUCAAUCAAAACAAAUAUAGUCACGCUUCGACCAAGUAUUCUUGGCUAACAUUACAUAUUUCAUUCCCCGUUUGCUUAUUUGUUCCUGGGAUAGCUUAUUUUUUAUACAUCUCUGUUUUUGACUUCAUUCGUUUUCACUCUGUGUUGUUAGAAGUACGAGGAUUGAAGUAAUCAAGUAUUAUUUGUUCUUUCUUUUCUAACGCAUCAUAAUGCAGAGUUGUAGAUGUGUGUAGCAUUAAAACGACUGUAAUUACCUUUUAACUGAAGUUUUUUUCGAUUUGGUACUGAUAUCCAUGUAGAACACUUGCAUAAUAUCCUGACCACCCCCAUUUCCUGAUUUGCAAGCCACAGGAUGACAGGAAAGAAGCGGUGAAGUGUUGAUUAGUUUAAUGUUUUGUAAUUUUUAUUUUACCUAUGGAUUACGAGCUGUUUUGUGCCUUCGUUCUUUCCGGAUUUUAUAUUGCAUGACAUCGCUGUGAUGAAGUUUUCUUUGUUUUUUUUGUUUAACAUGUUAUCUGAACGUCUAGUUCAGAUAACAUGUUAUUUGAUUCUGUCCCGUCAUGGUCUCCUUUUCGUUCUUCUAGACUUUUUUCUCGAUUUAAAUAAUUUAUUUGUCUAGCUUUGUCUGUAAUUCCAAAGAUUUUUUAAAUCUUAAUUUACAUGCAACUAUAUUGCUCGGUGGUGGAUUGGAUGUAAUCUUCAGAAUCUCCAUAAAAGUCCUUUUACGGAAGUGGUAGCAACAGGGGCUAGGAUCGGAGCUGCCAAAAAAAUAUAAAUGUUCA